GUGCCCUGGCGCCUCACGCUGGUGGUCGUGCGCGCGCGGCUCGCGGAGCCGGGCUCCUGGGGCUGCCGGGCCCUCGGCGAGCUGCGGGGGGACCGGGCGCGUUGGGCCUCGGGCGCAGAGGGGCUGUGGUCCUUGCUGCGGGAGGACGUCCGGGAGUGCCUGAGCCUGGAGGCCCUGGGCAGCAUCUACGCGGUCGUGGCCAUGAAUGCCCACACCAUUGGAAGAAGAAAACGUCGGAUCUCUGGGUCGCCCCCUCGCUCGCCGCCGAUCUUCCACAUGUGCAGCCUCGCGGAGCACAACUGCGCGCCCAACUCCUUCAAGGAGGCCUUCCUGCCGUCCUCUGGGCCGGCGGGCCAGCCGAGGUCGGCCGCGGGCCCCGUGGGGGGGGCCCAACUGGUGCUCCGCGCGCAGCGCGACCUCGCCGAGGGCGACCCAGUGCGCAUCUCCUACGUUCCGGACUGAGUACCUCCCGACGUGGAGGCGGCGGGGGCUGCUGCAGGCGGGCUACGGCUUCCUGUGCGGCUGCGACCGCUGCCGCUGGGAGCCCGAGGCCGCCUGUGCCUACCUGUGCCCGAGGUGCGGGGACGGCCCCUGUAGCCCCUCGGCUCAGGUGGCUGCCGCUGGCGAGCUGCGGGGCCACUCGCUCGGCUGCGAG